CUUUUCAUUGCGCUUUUUCUCUUCAGUAACCGGUAAACAGUACGGUCUCAGUUCCAGUUUGUCCCACCACUAGACAUUUUCUGGGGUAAAAACGGCCGCUGAACACCCUAUCUGCAUGAGUGGAGGCCAGGUCUUGGCAGUGAUACCGACAGAACGUUGUUAGCAAGCUGAUGCAUGCUUGCGCCUGGCUAAGCACCGCGAAUAUUGCCAAUGGCGAAUUCGGGAAAAGAUAAGACGGUCAGCCCGUACCAAUGGUGCUUGGCAGGUUGCGAAGAGGCAAUCUGUGAGAGUAUAUGAUUGACCUGGCCCCCCGCCGCCGCAAAUAAUUGCAGUUUCUCAGCUCUGAUCGUCAUUAGCCUUGCUCUGUUUCGCAUCGCUUUCUUCCCCUUCUCGCUUGGGGCAUCUUGGUUUCUUGAAACCAUUAUUUGUUCUUGUUCGGGCAGAACAGUUCCUGUGCAAUCCGGACUGAGACAGCAAGCAGCCGUUGCCCACCAUGAGCGUCUUUCGCCGCACCUCGUCGUCGUCAGGCGAGAAGAAAGACGGCACCUACGGCCUCACCGACGUCGAGGCCCAGCCGUCGCAUCAUGCCGGUGAAGGCGGCGGCGUCCUCGGCCCCGACGGCCAGAUCCGCGGCCUCGAGACGGCGCCCGAGACGGCGCUGCACCGCGGUCUGAAAGCCCGCCACAUCACUAUGAUUGCCAUCGGUGGUGCCAUUGGAACGGGUCUCAUCAUCGGCACGGGCAAGGCGCUUGCGCAGGCCGGGCCGGGAUCCAUCUUGAUCUCUUAUACCGUUGUCGGGUUUGUCGUAUUCCUCGUCAUGGCGGCGCUGGGCGAGAUGGCCGCUUGGUUGCCCAUGUCGUCUGGGUUUACGGGUUAUGCGUCCCGGUUUUGCGAUCCGAGUUUGGGCUUUGCGCUGGGUUGGACAUAUUGGUUUAAAUACAUCAUCGUUACCCCGAAUCAACUUACCGCCGCCUCGCUUGUCAUUCAGUACUGGUUACCUCGCGAUAAAGUCAAUCCAGGAGUAUGGAUUGCCAUAUUUUUGGUAGUGAUUGUCUGCAUCAACUAUUUCGGCAUCAGAUUCUUUGGCGAGUUCGAGUUCUGGCUGUCGAGUUUCAAGGUCAUCACCAUCGUCGGCAUCAUUAUUUUGUCUCUGUGCAUUGCCCUUGGUGGUGCGCCUGACCACGACCGCCGCGGAUUCCGAUACUGGAAGGAUCCUGGUGCGUUCAAGCCUUACAUCAUGGAAGGGCCGGCUGGCCAGUUCCUCGGCUUCUGGUCCACCAUGGUCACUGCCACCUUUGCCUACCUGGGUACCGAGCUGGUUGGUGUGACGGUCGGGGAGGCGCAGAACCCCCGCAAGACGGUUCCCAAGGCCAUCAAGCUGACCUUCUAUCGAAUCCUCAUCUUUUACUGCCUCAGUGUGCUGCUGAUCGGCAUGUGCGUGCCCUACAACUCACCCGACCUGGUCUUUGCCACCACAGAAGCCACCAAUAACGCCUCGGCCUCUCCCUUCGUUGUUGCCAUCAAGCUGGCCAAGAUCAAUGCCCUCGACCACAUCGUCAACGCCUGCAUCCUUGUGUUCGUCUUCUCCGCGUCCAACUCGGAUCUCUACAUCGCCAGCCGCACCCUGUACGGUCUGGCCUCGGACGGAUCCGCCCCCGCCAUCUUCCGCAAGACCGACGCGCGCGGCGUCCCCAUCUACGCACUUGGAGCCUCGGCCACGUUUGGCUUGCUGGCUUUCAUGAACGUCAGCGACGACUCCAAGACGGUCUUCGGCUAUUUUGUCAACCUGGUCACCAUCCUGGGCCUCAUGACCUGGAUCUCCAUCCUCGUGACGCACAUAUGGUUCGUGCGUGCGCGCCGCGCCCAGAACCUCGCCGACGCCGAAAUGCCCUACGUCGCGCCCCUGGGUAUCUGGGGUUCUUACGGUGCCCUCUUCAUGUGCUGCCUCAUCGCGCUGACGAAGAACUACGACGUUUUCACUGGUGACUUCUAUCGCGCGAAGAAUGUAUCUAACUUCGUCACGGGAUACUUAGGUAUCCCGAUUUACCUGCUCCUCAUUGGCGGCCACAAGCUCUACACCAAGAGCAAGGGCAUCAGACCCCAUGAGUGCGAUUUCUACACGGGCAAGGACAUCAUUGAUCGCGAGGAAGAAGAGUUCUUGGCUGCCAAGGCCGCGCUCAAAGCUGAGAAGGGCGGUGAUGCUGGUAGCUCUUUCUAUGACAAGUGGGUAGCUUGGCUGUUCUAGGGGACUUCGGACGGCUUCUUUGGAUGCUGUGGUAGGGAGAUCUGUCUCCGCACCUGGGUAUCUGAUUGUUGCGGAAUGCUUGGAUUUAGUAGAUUUGCAGUUCAGGAUACAUGCUUGAGUACUCAUGAGCGGAUGUGACCUUCAAAGGCCAUAAUAACAAAUAUUAU